AUGAAAUAUCAGUCGGAGUAUAAACGAAAUUAUCAGAAAUGGAGUCCAAAGAAAGAAACAAUUGAAGAACGAAAAUUGAGAACCGAAGUUCCCAUCCGACAUUCCAGUGUAGAACCUAAUCGACGCGCAAAAUCUCGUGAACAUCAUCGUUAUUCAUCACCAUUCGUUCAUAGCCAUGGUUUAAGUCGUUCAGAAAAUUUUGCUGUCAUCGGACCAAAUGAGAAAUUUUCUCAAUCUUAUUUGUAUCGGCUGAAGGAACCAGUAAACGUUGCACCAGUAACAAAAUCUCAAGAAUUUGCUAUACUAGGAAAACAGGAUAAAUUUGCAGACAAUGUUGUUUAUCCACUACGAAAAAUCCCUGUGUAUGAAGAACAACCAAAAGAAUUAAAACAGGCUCCGAGGGUGACAUUUGAUCCUAAUGCUGGGCGAGACUCUAUUUUUGUAAAGAGACGAGAUGGUCUUGAAACAGAAUAUCAACGUUCGUUCAACUGGAAACAAUCUGUAACAGAUCCUGCCAAUGACCAAUUGCUCCUAGAAGAAGCCAGAUUGCGUGAUCGACGUUCAGAUCCAACGUUGCCAUCAUCUGUCAUUGAUCCAUCUGAAAAGCUAAUUCAACGUCCACAAUCAGCGUUUGACGGUCAGCAAAAACAAACAACAUCUGUAUCUUCCAACACCCCAGCACAUGUUGAUAUUGAAAUUGAAAAUCGAAAAAGAUCAAGAAGUGUUGAACCACAACGAGGAAAAAGUAGCAUAAAACAUGACACAGAAUAUCAAGCAAGAUUUAAACCCAUACCAAAUCAAAGAAGACCAAAAACGAGAAAAGCAUAUGAAGCUGAACAAGUUGAAGACAGAAAGCGCAAGCAACUACAAUUUGCCGAAAGAGCUUACACAGAUGACGAAGGUGAUAUUCAACUAGAAUUUCGUCAAAAAUAUCCCCACGGUAAAUUAAGACGGUGGAAAUCAGAAUAUCAAACGACUUAUAAGCCAUUCUGGAAAUUUGAUUAUAAAAAUGGAAAAUGGUUUCGUGAUUCAACAGCCGAAGAAGACGGUUUUAAUCCAAAUUUAUUCUGGUAUAAAGAAUUGAUGUCAACAAGAAAAAAGGCUGACGAAUUCAGAGCAAAUGCGCAAGCUGAUCAUUUUAGUAGAAAUCAUACUUUACAGUUACAAGGACGAGAUAGUAACGCAUGGGAUUUAGAUUAUCAACAACAAGAUGAUGAUAAUGAUAGUGUAAUAUCGAUUGACAGGUAUUUGGAACAAGAACGUGCUGAAGGUCGUCGCAGACGUGAAAAAGCACAUCAACAAGAAAUACAAUCAAAAAUACACUAUGAUAAAGAAAGACAACAAAAACCAUCUACGAGAGAUGAACAUGUUCAAAGCGGAAAUAAUCGUCCGAUUGUCACUGAAUCAGCGACACAAAGUGACCAGCCUCAUAAAGUGGAUAAAAUUGUCUAUGUGGAUAUUGAUAACCGUCAACGUCCCAGUGAGGCAACAAAAGCAUUUGUUCGAAAUCUUGGCUCGUCAUCAGUUCAACAUAAUAUGGCAUGGGACUCCGAAAGUUUAUAUAGUCAAGAUACAAAUCCAUCGGACACGGAUUUAAAAUCAAACACAGCUAAAGAAUUUCGACAUAAACAUUAUCAGUCAAAAGAGCAGGAUUUAAACAACAAUGACGUCAUACGAACAUCAUAUCAACAAGAAAAUCCAACAACGAUAAAUAAAUCACGUGGAGUUGGCACUCAUUCAUCACCAUCAAGAUUAAAUCGACAAUCAGAUACUGGUGAAACAAAUGGUAAAUCGUAUCAGAAUGACUUUCGAUCAUCAACAACUGAUGCAAAACCUGCAGCAGGUCGCCCAUCAUAUGAUACUCAUAACAUCGAGCGACAUCGUCCUCAGUCUGCUAAUUAUGUUCAAGCUUAUGAAGACACAUACAAUUCUCCUAAUUAUUCACAAUUUGGAAGAGAUAACAAUAAAUCGAAAACAGAAGUGAAUAAUAAACAAACACAGCAAUAUUCACCAAAAAAUUAUCCUAAAUUUCCAUCAAAAUCAUCAUCCGAUAAUCAUCAUACAUCUCAACAUCAACGUAGUCAUCAAAAUGGACGAUUUAAAGAUGAGGUGACAGAAUAUUAUUACUCGUCGAACGAUGGAAGAAAAAAUGUUGAACAAAAGCCGUCAUUUCAAAACCAUUUAAACACGUUAAAUGAGGGAUUUGGUACUACGUAUAAUGUUAACAGGCAGCAAGAUAAAGAUGAUGAUGUUUUAAGUGUUAACUCUGCUCGUUCAUUAAGUUCAAGUUGUAGUUUGGCUUCACAGACACUUGAACGUGCUAAACAAAAUAUGAAUAAUAUGAAUAAAUAUUGGGAUGAUAACAAUCGUAAUAAUCGAACACGAACAGCAGUAAACAUAAAUGUUUAUGAAGGACUACAUUUACAUGCUAAAGGCUUGAAGCAAAAAUGGCUUAAAUUUAAACAAACCAUGACAGAUUUCAAGCGUACAGCAGCUGUAUUAAACUAUAGUAAUGCAUCGAAAUUAAACGUCUCCCGAUGGAUACAAAAUGGAUACAAAAAUGAUUUUACAUUAUAUUCGUCCGAUGAUUCAACAUUAAAACCUAACACAUUUAAACAUGAACAAGAAAAUAACUUGCUUUCAAACUCUUCUUCAUCGACUCAAGCAUUUUUCAUCACAUCAUCAUCAUCACCAUCUUGUUCGACAACGUGUUCAUUACGAUCGCCUCUCAAUAAUACUAAUACAAAACCAACAACAACAUGGCUGGCACAAGCUAGAUUAACACGAAUAGAUUCUCAUCGUAAUAGUGUCAGUCAAUCAUUACUGACGAACAAUAAUAAUAAUAAUAGUAAUAAUAAUAAUAAUGAAAGAUUAAUUCGAUCAAAUGACGAUAAUUUACAAGAAAAAUUAAAUCGUGUUAGAGCGCAAUUAGAUGCUAAAAAGCAACGUCAUUUAUUAUCAAUACGUUCAACAACGAAUAACAAUGAAACCUUUAUCAAUAAUGAUAGUAGAAGACGAGACGCAUUUCAAAAAGAUGAUAAACUAUCGUCGCCGAAUUCGAAUGAUUUAUUAUCGAUGAUACGAACUACAGUGCCUACAGAGACUGAAUUUCAAAAGAAUGAUAAUCCGACGACAAUUCUUUCUUUUAAAAGUAUUGGAAAUUCACCUGUUUCUCGACCAUUUCCACGCCUUUCCAAUUUGCGAACAUCUGUAUUUUCUGUCAAUUCGUCUGAUUUAAACGACAGAAAUUCAUCGAUUUCAUCCUAUUCACCGCCUACAGUGGCAAAUUCUCAUACUCACCAUCAUCAUAUUCAUUCACCAUCACAUUUAACACCACCAUCAAUGCCUUGUCUUGUUGAAGAAUCUCCAAGCGAAACGAAUACGAGCUCCGGUUUUAGUGAAGAAUCAAAAUCAAAUAAUGAUGGUGAGAGACAAGAACCAACAAUGGAUGAAAAUACAGUGUCUAAUAAUCCAGCCAUCAUAGACUUGACAAGAUUGAUAUUUAGGAUAAUUGAAGCUUUUUAG